AUGAGUGACCUCGAUAUCCCCCUGACCAACAUACCGUCCGUCUCGGAGGGGCCCGGUCUGCUGACACCGAAUUUUCGCGUCUCCAGUCAACUGCCCUCUCCCCAGAACCUGUAUGACUACCCCGAAGCAGCGAUAAGGCAUCUGAUACAGAAACGCUCACAGUCCGAUAUCUACAAGAGCCAAAUCUCCAAUCGGUACAGCCUGCCGGCCUAUGAAGAGACCAUGUACCAGCAGUCUGAAGGUAGUGAGCCUCACCGACGCAAAGUUUCCUCCGUCUCCCGGUUGGUCUGCUCCUCCAAGCCGACACUGGCCUGCGGCCAGACUUCAGGCGGAAUCCUCGACGUCCUUCACAUCCAGUCCCACUCGGGGUCGCCCUCGGCCAGUGUCGUCUCGGACCCACUGUCUCGGGACAAGCUGCCGGUCGGAUAUGAAGAGUCUAAGCCGAACAACGCCACAGGCAAGAACCUGCUGGUCUCGCGCUCCGAUCCGUCGUCGAGCGAAGCCGCCAUUUCGGCGCCCAACUUUGUAGAUGGUAUCUGGCGUCAGAUGAGCCGACUCUGCAUAAGACCACGUAGAGCUCGCAAUUCAACCGAUUUGUUUGAAGAUCGCUACGUCGCCUCGGCAGGCAAAGAGGAGGAGUCCAGGCGACAGAAGGCUUUUCAGUCAAGCGGAUUGGCCCACAUGCGUUGGCCGAAAUCACAGCCUGUACUGCCAUCCUUUGUGGAGGCCGGAAUAGCCACCUCAGGCCGCUGUAAAGUGACUCCUUUCGAAGGAGCCAGGAGGAAAGCAGCAGUGGAGACAGAAAAAGAGGUCGUCUUGAUGGGCAAUGCGUCCGGCAGUGAAAGUCAAAAGGGUGUUCAAAUUCUUGAGCCUCCCAAGGUGACCGGAAAAGGCUGGAGGAGUGAAUCGGGCUGCUCCAGAGUGAUCGAGUAUGAAGAAGCCUCACAAGCGUUGAUGGCCCUCAGUCCGGAGCAGAUCUUGAAUUUACGUGAAUCCUGGCAGGUCGUGAAACGACAAAUCGAGCGGAUUGGUGUGGUCAUGUUUUUGCAGUAA